AUGUCACACAAGAUACAUAAACCCACACCAAUCUACCUCCUGGAUUUGAAAGCUACCAACUUUUCAUUACCUGUAAAGAGAAUUUUCGAUUCUCAAACAACUCAAGAUUUCCAAUCAUCCAUCGCCCUUCAAAGGCUUAGAUUCUUUCUACAACGAUAUAUAGAACUAGUCGCCAAUGUUGAAAUACCACCGCACCCAGAUAGUUAUGUCUCUGAAAUAUUAAUGGUCAACUCCAUAAUACAUCUAUUGAACGAGCUCUCCACAAUUGUUCAAGAUACUCCCCCUUUGAAAGGUCCAAGAAGAUAUGGUAAUUUAGCAUGUAGAGAUUGGCAUAGUAAGAUAGAAGUUGAAUUACCAAAACUAUUAGAGAAAGCCAUUCCCUCUCCAGAUUUACAGCCUAGUAUUAUUGAAUUGAAUUAUUAUAUCGCCAAUAGUUUCGGGUCUUCUACAAGAUUAGAUUAUGGUACUGGUCAUGAAUUAUCAUUCAUGGCUUUCAUCGCUGCCUUAGAUAUGCUUGGUUUGUUCCCAGAUCUAACAGGGAAAGAUCUUCUUAUAAUGUUCAACGCAUACUAUUCUUUAGUACGAGAAUUGAUCCUAACAUAUACAUUGGAACCAGCUGGUUCUCAUGGAGUAUGGGGGCUUGAUGAUCACUUCCAUUUAGCUUACAUUCUAGGGAGUUCACAAUGGUUAAAUAAUGCUCCAUUGACACCAAAGGAGAUUACAAAUUCAAGAUUAGUAAAAGAUUAUUCUACAAAAAAUUUAUAUUGUCAAUGCAUUGAGUUUGUUCUUACAGUCAAAUCCGGUCCAUUCGCCGAACAUUCACCGAUACUAUAUGAUAUAUCGACAUCCGUCUCUGCUUGGAGAAAAGUUCAAAGAGGAUUAAUUAAAAUGUAUAUGGACGAGGUAUUGAAUAAAUUCCCCGUUGUACAACAUUUUUGGUUUGGUACAGGAUUUUAUCCAUGGAUAAAUUUUCAAACAUUGAGAGAACUACCAGUAUAUGAACAUUCCCCAGAAGAUGAUGAUAACAAUAACAAUAAUAAUAACAAUAAUAAUAACCUAGUACAACGAUCUUCAAGUUCGACAUCAACGGUAACUUCAAGGCCAUUACCACAUACCUCUACUGCGUUUCCACAAUCAUCAGGACGAAUGGGUUCAACAAAAUUACCGUCAAUGAUGGGAUCUAUGACUUCACCAUCCACAAGGCAGAUCGGAGGUAUGACCGCUGCAACAACUACUACAAAAAUGGCACGCACAACAAUGCCACCUCCUACAACAAAUUUCUUAACUCGUCCUAUGCAUCCAUCAAAUACUAGAACUACACGAGAUGGAACCAGUUCCAUUCGAUCUAAUGUCAAUACUAAUACCAUUAACAAAAAUUUGAAGAAUUCGCAAUGA